AUGCACGCCAGGGAGUAUGUGGAGCAGGUGAUUUUAUAUGAGGUGGUCAGAUGCCAUUUGAAAAGAAAAAAUAUGGGCAAAGCCUUGAAGAACAGUGAGCCAGACAAAUACAUUGGGGAAGAGCAGUCAGGUGACAUUUUUGAAUGUCCUAAGAGAAAAUCCAUUCUUGUUUUCCACAGUAGACACCUCAGAUCAGGCAAACCUCCUAGACGGUGGACACCUCCGGGAGCUGAGAUUUGGUGCGACCGAGGCGCUUGGAACAAAUGCGCGUCGGAGUCCCCCUGGCAGGGCGGCGCGGCGGGUGGGCUGGAGCGUCUCCGGCUCCGUCUUGCCCUGCCCAGGGCCGCUCACCCUGCCCCACUGCCUGCCUCCUCCUUCCUCAGCCCCAGCUCGGCGCCCCGUCGGAGGGGCCAGGCCCCGGCGGCCCUGCGCUGGGAGCGCUGGUCUCGGGCUCGGGGCUCCGUGGGCCAUCAGAGGAAGCUCUAUUUAAGGAGAGUUGAGAAGGGACCUGGGGUCCGGUUUGCCGCGCUCAGUCUCCGCCCACAAGAACGGUCACUUCUUUCGCUCAGCAAGCGCCCAGCUCCUCCUAAAGUCUCACCCCGGGACCCCGGAGGAGGUCGGAGUGCCCUCGCCACCCUUCAGCGCGACCGAGAGUUUCCAGCAGAAAGCAGCUCGAGUAGUGGCGCCGCCGCCUCCCCCGCGACGUCUCCGGGCGGCCGGGGCCGCGGCCUGGAGCAGAGCAGCUUCCAGUGGACGCCGUCGGGACGCCGCACCGGCAGCCUCUACUGCAGGGUGGGCAUCGGCUUCCACCUGCAGAUCCACCCGGAUGGCAAAGUCAAUGGCUCCCACGAGGCCAACGUGUUAAGUGUUUUGGAAAUAUUUGCUGUGUCUCAGGGGAUUGUAGGAAUACGAGGAGUUUUCAGCAACAAAUUUUUAGCGAUGUCAAAAAAAGGAAAACUCCAUGCAAGUGCCAAAUUUACAGAUGACUGCAAGUUCAGGGAGCGAUUUCAAGAAAACAGCUACAACACCUACGCCUCGGCCACGCACAGAACGGAGGGCACAGGCCGCGAGUGGUACGUGGCCCUGAACAAGAGGGGCAAAGCCAAGCGCGGCUGCAGCCCGCGCGUGAAGCCGCAGCACGUGUCCACGCACUUCCUGCCCAGGUUCAGGCAGUCGGAGCAGCCCGAGCUUUCUUUCACCGUCACUGUGCCCGAGAAGAAGCCGCCGAGCCCCGGCAAGCCCAAGGUUCCCCUCUCCGCGCCCCGCAAAAGCCCCAACACAGUGAAAUACAGGCUCAAGUUCCGUUUCGGAUGAUGCCC